AAAUCUUGAGCUUAAAAAUGGUAUAAAGGCUUGAGUUGGUAGUAGUGGCCCAAAACUCAAGCUCUCAACCAAAGUCAUCUUCUCCAUCAAUUUAGCUAAACUGUUCAUGAACUGUAAUUUCCAUCCUCUAAAAAUGUGUUCCUUACAAAUCCCUUUCAAUAAAUCACCACAAUCCUUCUUCCCUUUAAACCCCACUUCAAAACUCAAUUCUGUUCAACAAUCCCCACCUCAAAUUUACAAUCACAGCUCAAAACUAAGAGCAGUAUUGUCCAUUCAAGAAAUUCCUCCAAAUGCGGCUCGCCGGAAAAAUGAUUCACAGUGGAGAGGAGGGUUCAGUUUGGGAGUGGACUUGGGUUUGUCUCGUACUGGUCUUGCCAUUAGUAAAGGCUUCUCCUUUAAACCUCUCACUGUUUUGGAAUUGCGUGGAGACAAGCUUGAGCUUAGGAUUCUUGAAGUUGCUGAAGACGAGGAGGUGGAUGAGUUUAUAAUCGGACUUCCAAAAUCUCGGGAUGGAAAGGAAACCCCCCAAUCCAAUAAAGUUCGUAGUGUUGCUGGAAGAUUUGCUGUUCGAGCUGCUGAAAGGGGUUGGAGAGUAUAUCUACAGGAUGAACAUGGGACAUCUACAGACGCUACUUACCGGAUGAUUAACAUGGGCCUCAGCAAGGGAACUCGACAAAAGAGUAUCGACGCCUAUGCAGCUGUGAUGGUACUGGAGAGAUAUUUUGGCGCAUCUGGGGAGGGAACUGAACUCGUAGUACCAAAGCAACUUGAUCUGCAAGAUAAACUUCGGAAAGGUCCUUCCAAAGAUAUCGAUUUUUAUCCAGAGUAAUUAAUUCAAUGCUGCACGUUUUAGUUUCGUAUUUGAAGUAAGAUUCUGAAUUCAAACCAAUUCUCCAACCACAUGCUUCAUACACUGUAAUGCAUUCUUCUUGUUAGCAACUGAAAUCUUAGUUGAGUUACUGUCUAGCAAAUAUAUAUCAAGCCAAGGUAUAAGCAGCAAAAAAUGUUCUGUACAAUGUAAACAUUCUUGUUCAUAACUUCAUAUAGCAACCAAUCCGCUCCUUAAUUGUUAACGAUCACAA